AAGAAGUGGACGCGCACAUCCCAUCGAUCUCAACACGCCACCGAUGGCCGUCGGCCAGACCGCUCCGGCGGCAGAGGAGGUCAAGCUCUCAAUCUCCGGCGCGGCCCUUCCGGCGCUCCUCCACCGCUGCGGGGCUGCCACGGCCGACUGCGACGGCCUCCUAUUCGGCCGCGCCGCUCGCCCGCCGGCCCUUCCCCCCUCCCUCUCCGACUACGACGACCACGCCCCCGAGCUCUCAGCGCCACCCAUGUCCAUCACCGUCUCCGGCCACUCCUCUCUCUCCCAACCCUCCUCCCUCACCAACCCCCUCGGCCGCUUCCACCCACUACCCCCCUCCUCGCCGCCCCCGCUCGGUUUCUUCUCCUCCCGUCGCCGCGCCCCUCUCCGCCCCUCCAUGCGCGAGCUUUCCCUCGCGUGCUCCCUCUCCAAAGCCCUACAGCCCCUCGCCCACCCACUCAUCUUCAUCCUCGUCUCCCCCUCCGCCUCCCGCGACCUCUCCACCCACUCCUUCGACUACCGCGCCUACCUCCUCCGCGGAUCCCGGCUCGUCCCGUCCUCUCUCACCGUCGUCAACGUCGGCCCCGGGUUCCGGGACCAGUACCACACCUUCGCUCCGCAGUCGCCCUUCCCUUUGCUGCCGCCACAAGCGCCCCAAGGAGGGGAUGGUCAUAGCAUCGGAGAGCAGAAGGCAGUAGACGCGAUGGUUGAGGGGUUUGGGCUGGGGAGGCUGCAAGAGCUCGUUCGUGCUGCGGCCGGGCAGGCGGCGGAGAUGGAUGGCAUGUAUGCCGGGAUGCUCCGGAGGCUGGAGAAGCUAGCAAAGGAGGUGGAGAAGAGUAAUCACAGCGUGCUCGAUCAGGAAAAGCGGAACGUGCUGCUUAGGCACAGGUCAGCGGGACUGGUAUGAACAGACCAAAGCUUCUUUCGGUCUCAGCAAGCUGACUCAUUCUGCCCUGGAGACAUCCAUAGAGGAUGACCGCAUGAUCUUGAUUACACUGCUUAAUCUACCUUCCACAGUUACGGAGUACUUGCUUGAUAUGGUUUUGCUUCCAUUCGAUGCUUCCACAGUUACUUUAGCUGACUCAUUCUGCCCUGGAGACAUCCAUACUCUGGGAUGACCGCAUGAUCUUGAUUACACUGCUUAUCUACCUUCCACAGUUACUUGCUUGAUAUGGUUUUGCUUCCAUUCGAAGCAUCUUCUUAUGAGAAGUUAUUAUGAAUUGCGAGGCUUGUUAAAUUAGUUUUAGGGGCAUUGUGAAUUGUGGGAACCGUUGAGGUUCCAAGUCAUUUCAUCAGGUGCUGGUUAUGCAACUAUACUAGUUCACUUCCUACUUGCUGUGAGAAAUGGGAGCUUUGGUCCUGAAUCCUGAUACACCUGAACCUGAAGUUGUGCCAUGACUUGUGUGUAUACCAACCU